UCGGGCAACAGGCGGCAACCUACCACUGGGCAGGGGCCUCGGGGACUCAACGGGACUCUAGCUGUGGAGACUGGCCACAGCACAGCUCCCACCCAGCUUUCUAGGGUCAUUGGGUUCACGGGGACUCAACGGGUAGCGAUGGCUCAAGCACUCAGGGGCACCACAGGACACCGGUGGUUAGUGCACACACAGCAGGGCAGUUCGGACACGAGUGGUCGGUGCGCACACCGGGGACAGUUCAGAACACGGGUGGUCGGUGCACACAGCGGGCACAGUUCAGGACACAGGUGGUCAGUGCGCACAACAGGGACGGUUCAGGACACGGGUGGUCGGUGCACACAGCGAGGACAGUUCAGAACACGGGUGGUCGUUGCGCACAGCAGGCACAGUUCAGGACACAGGUGGUCAGUGCACACACAGCGGAGACAGUUCAGGACA